CCGAGCCACGGAGGGGGCGCAUCGCAACGCGGGAACAGCCCUCGCCGGCACCAUGCGCCUCCCGCCGGGGAAGACCCUCCAUCUGCCUCCUCCUCGCCUUUACCUGGCCGCUGCUUGUUACCUGCUGGUGCUGCAGGUGGACGCCUAUUUCGGCCUGACUGGGAAAGAAGCCUUAACUCAGUUUCCUCUGCUGGGGUCUUCAACAAACGCUGCCCACUGGAAGGCUCACUUGAAGCAAUGUGACUUGCUCCGGCUUUCCCGGAAGCAGAAAAGGCUCUGCAGGCGAGAACCAGGGCUGGCGGAGACCUUGCGAGACGCCAUCCGACUCGGAGUCCUGGAGUGCCAGUAUCAGUUUCGCAAUGAGCGCUGGAACUGCAGUCUGGAUGGGAGGGCAGAUCUCCUAAAGCGAGGUUUCAAGGAAACAGCUUUUUUGUAUGCUGUGUCUUCAGCAGCCCUGACCCAUUCCCUUGCUCGGGCAUGCAGUGCAGGACGGAUGGAGCGCUGCACCUGUGACGACUCACCAGACUUGGAAAACCGCAAGGCCUGGCAGUGGGGAGUGUGCGGAGAUAACCUCAAGUACAGUACGAGGUUCCUGAAGAACUUUCUGGGCCAGAAGAAAGUUGGGAAAGACCUGCGGGCCAAGGUGGACAUUCACAAUACGAAUGUGGGCAUCAAGGCUGUGAAAAAUGGCCUCAAGACCACUUGCAAGUGCCAUGGAGUCUCCGGCUCGUGUGCUGUGAGAACUUGCUGGAAACAGUUGUCCCCUUUCCAUGAGACUGGGAAACUCCUCAAGUUACGCUACGAUGGUGCUGUCAAGGUCUUCAGUGCCACCAAUGAUGCUAUGGGCCAUUCGGAGCUGGUGAGCCCCCAGCACCAUGGCCAUUUGGCCAAAGGCUCAUCCCAUCCCCGCCCCACCGAUCUGGUUUACAUGGAGGACUCUCCUAGUUUCUGCCGCCCCAGCAGGUAUUCGGUGGGCACUGCAGGAAGGACGUGUUCCCGCGAGGCCAACUGUGACAGUAUGUGCUGUGGCCGGGGCUACAACAUCCAGACACGCAUGGUGACCUUCUCCUGCCAUUGCCAGGUGCAGUGGUGCUGCUAUGUUGAAUGUCAACAGUGCAUGCAGGAAGAGGUGGUUUACACCUGCAAGCAGUAAGAAAUUGACACUGGCAGAUGGAGGAAGAGAACUACACUUUGCUUGGACUCCUUUAAUACUUUGGUUUCCCUGCCAUAUCGGGAAUGAAAAAGAAGCUGCUGGGAAAUUGUCGCUGGCAACAAUUCUGCAGCACUGAAGACUACUCUUCUUUGAAUUAGCUGGUUGGAGAGAGAGACUCCAGAUCUGGCUGUACUUUGAAAGAUGAAAGCUUCGAGAGAGCGAAGGACCUUUGCUCCAAAGAGAUAUAAAGAGUUGCCUUAUACAUUGUUAAGCCAUUGGAUUGUUUAACCUGGGACUGUAAUAGGGACAGUUGUCUAAAGUCUCAGGCAGAGGUUCUUCUUAGCCUUGAAUCCUUCUGAAAUGUAGAGACUAGGGCCUGAACUUGGGAGGUCUUAUCUGUGCCAAGCCACUGCUGCACCACCACUUUUUAAAGGACAGGUCCAGGCAAAGAUUUGAGUAGCAAAUUCCUCUUUCAGUGGGAUGACACUAACAUCUAUUUUAUAAGGUGUGUUCAGUUAGAAGAUCUGCAAAAUCUUUCCCUCAUUGCAAUGGAGGGUUUUCUUGGACUGUGUUGCUGUAGUUGUUGGCACUGCAGUCUUGGACACAGGCCUAAAAUAUUAUAUAGCACCCUCAGCCAACUGCUGAAUCUCAGCACAUCAAUGGGACCUACUGGUGAUUAGUUCCCUGGGACCCUCCAUUUAAAACCAUGAAGAACAUGUAAAUACUGGUUUCUAGCUACCUAUCUAGGACUGGUUUAGAUGAGUGCAACUCCCAGAGGUCAGAGAAGAAUCAAGACAGUUGGUUGUCUUGAAUGUUUAGCAAAUCCCAUUCAGCCACAUACAAUCUGCUCACUGCAUGAUGGUGCUGAGAAAGCAGAUAUGAUGUCCUGCUUGUUCAAGGGGCCAUAUACCUGCUGGAGGCAUGCAGAUUGUUUUAAAAACCUGUGAUAAGCAUACAUGGAAAUGGUUGGAUUCCACUAUUUUAAAGGUCUUUGUGUAGUCAAAAUUUGAAGAAAGGAGACUAUCUUCUCACUUCAGGUACCCCAUAAGGUAGCCAUUGGGACCAAAAGGGGAAGUUUGGCCAGUGGGUAGCUUUGGACCAUGCACGCCAGUCCUGUUUUUGAGUGAGGAAGAAAUUGGUUGAUAAUUUAAAAACACAUGUAUCAUAUGCCAAUGUUUGGCUGUGAUGGAUCCAGAAUGUGACAAGUUUGAGGACAAGGAAGAAACAUGGCAAGAAGGAGCAACAUCCAGGCAAACAAAAGGGUGCCAAAUAGCUUCAAACCAAAAGUAAACAUUUGGCAAUAAGUAUUUGUUUGGUUCAUGGUUUUUGUUUUCCAAUACAACUCUACAAAUAUGCUACUUUCAAGAAACUUAACAUUGGUCUGAUUUGGUCUGUGUCUUAGGGAUGUAAUUGCUAAUUCCUUUCUCAAACGGAAUAAUGCAUAAUUUAAGUAAUUUCCCUCUUGCUGCAAGAAAGUCUUCAAAAAUUGUGCAGUUUUUCAGGACUAUUCACAGUUCAGGGCUUAGUCUGCAAAACAUUUGUAUAGGGUUAUUUUGUACCAUGUGUAGGAAAACAACAUUUUCUGUGCAGGAAAAAGCACUUAUGACACAUAAUGUUGUUUCUUGUGCAGAAAAUGCUGUUUUAUGUGCAAAACAAAUACUCUGUGUGAAUUUAGCACAGAAAAAUCUUCGGUUGUCCUUGUAAGGGUUUUCCGGAACUCAAGGAAGACAUUUUCCAACCAUUUUUGAAAUAUUUCCAAAUAUUCUUUCCAUCCUGCCUGCAAGUGUAUACAUGUAUAUUUGUAUAUGUUCUUUUGGAAUAUAUUUGUAUGGGUUGAUAGAGUUCUUCAAGUUCAAACCUUGCAUUCAAAAUGCAGUUGCUCUGACGUGUGAGCACCGAAUAAUCCCAGAUCCAGAUGGCACGCACAGAUUUGCACCCAUAUAUAGCACAAACUUUGGCCAGAAAAAUAUUUAUUUUUAUUUUGUUCUUGCAUACAGGAACAAAAGUUUUGAAACAUUUUCUCUCUGCUGGGUGAGAUUAUGAGAACUGUUCUGCAUUUCCAUUUUUUCCUCCUUUGUGUGAAUGGGGAAAGUGAGUUAGAAUCAUAGAAUCAUAGAAUAGUAGAGUUGGAAGAGACCUCACGGGCCAUCCAGUCCAACCCCCUGCCAAGAAGCAGGAAAUCUUGGCAGGGAGUUGACCUCUGAUACAAGUUUUUCCCUAGAGAAAUUUUCACUGUAGAGUUCCAAAAUGCAAAACGUUUCCUGGUAGCUGAGUAUUUUCUUGGCAGAGUGUUACUGUGUUGAGAGAGACAUCCUCUUGUGUCAAGGAGUGUAUCUAAACCCCACAACGAAUAAUUAGGACUUUAUCUUAUGGAAUCCUAGGAUUUAUUGUCUUGGUUAGAAUUCCAACAAAACUAACCCAAACUACAAAUUCCAAGAUUUUGUAGGAUGGAACAAUGUUAGUUAAAAUAGGAUCAAACUACUUUAACUGUUGUAGUGUAGACCCUUUCAAGGACUUUUUCAAGGAUUUUUUAAUAUCCCGGGUCUAUACAUAUAUGUGUUGUGGCUUCUGUAAGAAUUAGAACCCCAAAUGGCAUGGCUGUAUGUGUGAGAACACUGGUGUAUCAUCCCUAGAUGAAGGACACAGAUUGCUAGAUCACAAGAGUUGGAAAUAGUGGGGUUAAAAAAGUAUUACUUGAGACAUGUUGAUUUUGCUAAGAAUUAGAUCAUCAACAAGUCCUAUUGUUAAAUAACAUCAUACCUGACAACAGUGAUAUACUGAUUUCAGUUUGACAAGCGAAAUUUAUUGGAAAUUCCAAAAUAUAAUAACCAAUAAAGGGGCUAUCUUUAGGGAUUUGGAACCAGCUUUUGGUCAGCUUCCCAUGGUUAAAUGUAUAUAUAUGUAGAUACCAAAAUCCAUGGAUACACAAGUUCUAUUAUAUAUUGUGGUAUAGUAAAUGGUGUCCCUUAUAUCGAAUGGCAAAAUCAAGCUUUGCUUUCUGGAUUUUUAUAAAAUAUUUUAAAAUUGUGAAGGGUGGAAUCCAUGGAUCCAGAAUCCAUGGGUACCAAGGAAUAACUGUAUUGUAAUGGUCUAGUGCAUGGUUCUCAACCUGUGGGUCUCCAGUUUUGGUAUUAUAUAUAUAUAAUGAGAUUAUAUAUACGUAAUGAUAUUUCAGCAUCCAUAGAUGAACCUGGAAUCAAUUGCCAGUGGACAGCAAAGGCUCACUGUACAAGUAAUACUGUAAUGUAUUCUUGGGAUCCUCUUUUAAUUACGGCAAUCAUUUGUAAGUGUGCAUUGACAGAGAUAAAUCAACAGAUGCACAUUUAAUGGAAACUUUGCUUUUUUUCUCCUGACAACCCAUCCCUCUUCACUCAUGCUUUGUGAAUGACCACCAUCUCUUGCUAGCCUAGUAUCUCCAGAUGUUUGUAACUUCAGCCCUCACAAAUCAUGAAUAGUGCUCAGGUUUCCUGGGGCUGAUGAACUUUGUAGCCAAAACAUAUGGAGACCCACAGUUCGAGGGAAGAACGUCUUAUUGGAUUUUGUUGAGUUUUGUUUUUCACAAAGUGGAUAGUUUCUCCCAUUCCACUUUCAGUAGGAGUCAUGGAAGACUGGAAGCAUGCUUACUUACAAUGAAACAUUAUCUGGAUUCUGGGUUGGGGACUAAAUUCUGUGUCUCAUAAUGACAUUCCACCUUCCUUCUGUUUUAACCAAUACAGUAGUACAUAGUUCCUGGCUGCUGGCCACACGCUUUGUACAUUUGUAUCUCUCAAGCUUUGCCUUUGCUAAGGCAUCUUGAAAGCUUAAUUCCAACUGAUGCAGUUAUAAUCUCCACAUUAUUGCCAGCUGGGCUCUAAUUGGCCUUGGUUCUCAACCACUUUAAAUACUCCGAAAAUUAAUAGGCAUGUGCUGGCCCAUUAUUUUUGGGUGAGCCCCGCUAAUCCAUAGGAGACAUUUUCUGUCAGACUUCCCACGGGAUUUCGGGAUAUUUGGCUGGUUUGUUAAGUCAAGAUGAUGAGAUAGAAACAUGUAUUCAUCACCUACUCAGUCUAAUACUGCAUUCCCCAUAGAGGAGGCAACAAAGAACUAGAUUAGGUGCCUUGUACCAUGCCAUGAAGCUUUCUGCAUUAAAUAAUUUCAUCAAGUAAACCAAACCACAUGCUAGAAAAGACUUGUACAGUUUUAUGACUCCACUAUUCUUUGUCUAAGAUAUUAACUAUGUAGGGCAGUGAGCCUCAUCCUGUGGGUUCCCAGAUGUUUGGCCUACAACUCCCAGAAAUUCCACCCAGUUUACCAGUUGUUAGGAUUUCUGGGAGUUGAAUGCCAAAACAUCUGUUGAGAAUCACUGAUGUAGGGUGACCUGCCAAAUGCCAGGCAGUCUCACAUGGACCCAUUUUGUCACUUGAGGCGAGCUGCAAAAGCCAAGUAACUUCAUGUAUAUAAGUUAUCCAGAGAGCCAUAUUUUACUUGACAACCUGCAGAUUACGUAAACUUGUGGUUGUUGUCAUGAUUUUUUUGAUAGGGGAGCCACAAUCCUUCAUAGUGCUUAAAGCAAUGGUGGAGAAAAUGUGGCUUUUUAGAUGUUUUAGGCUGUUUGAUUUGGGAUUUUGAGACAGGAAUGAAGUCAGGAAGGACUAGAAGAUAGACCAAUGGCAGAGAAUGAGAAUGAUUCAUUUAGAAAAUGUUCUGUUUCAAAAUUCCUGAUAGCAAAGCCAAAAUGCAAAUAUACCCCAGUUUACAACAUAGAUGUGUUCCUGAGAAUUACUUCUUUGGCACCAAAGCAGAAAUAUAUGAAAAGACUAUGGAUAGGCUUGCUAUUAGUCUUUUGGGCUGUAUAGCCAUGUUCCAGAAGCUUUCUCGCCUGACUUUUCACCCACAUCUGUGGCAGGUAUCCUCAGUGGUUGUGAGGUACCUUAUAAUCUCUGAGGCUGUCUGCCACAGAUGUGGGUGAAAUGUCAGGAGAGAAAGCUUCUGGAACAUCACCAUACAGCCCAAAAGACUCACAGCAACCCAGUGAUUCUGGCAAUGAAAGCCUUCGACAAGACUAUGGAUAGGUUCCUGCAGCACAAAAAAGAGGAGUUGUUCAAUAGGUUUCAGCAAACUUUUUCUCUAAAAUGCACAAUAUGCUUAUGUGAAAUGAAACAACCAGAUGAAGUAAACCUUAUAUAAGGAAACAAAGCAUUGUCAACAUUUUAGAGGCCAAUGGAUGACUUCUAAAAUGCAUCCAGGGAUGCCUUUUUCUUUCACCAGUUUCCAUCAUUCUAUUAAUUAUAAAUCUGUUUAAUUAUAGAUCUGUUUUUAAGGUAAGGCACACUUAUCUGUUUGCCCCCUUUUUCAUUUCAUAUAUCCCUAUGCAUUUUGGAGAGCGCUGCUGCCUAUCUUCCCUGUUUUAGGCAGGCACACACAGUGACAAUAGGAUUACUUAAACAUCCUAUUUUUUCUCACUUUAAGCUUCAAUGCAUUGUUUAUUGCAGAAAUGCUGCAGCUAUUUUCAGAUUCCACUUUUAAAAAAUCAAAGUAGAUCCCACAUGCUUGAUUCCUACAUGUGUCUUGCUUAGGCUAGCUGACUGGCUGCAAGUGCAAUGAGGGAUGCUGUCCCACUGGCAGUGCUGAAAUUAAAGAUUACUGCUUUCUUUUGCAUGUGACAGUAGCAGUGGAUGGAUUUCAUCCGCCUCGGGUUUUAUCCCAUUAUUUUGGCUUUUAUUACAGAUUUUAAAGGUGGUAUUCAAGGAAUUGAACCUAUUUUGUGGAUAGGGUUUAAGCACCUCGGAUAACUUCCUCAAAGUCUGGAAUACAACCCAGAGUUGGUUUGUUUUGCCUCUCAAUUGUUUGCCAUUGUUUGGAGCCAUUUAGAAGGUUAGUCUUGUCUUUUGCAUCAGGCAGAAUAUUGUUUUGAUGGUUCAGGCUCCUCAGCAUAAUUUUAUCCUUUUUUUAAUUAAAAUAUACUUCUUUUUAGAAACACACAGGGACUAUGUUUUCAAAGGGAUCCCUGGUCUAUUCACUAUAAUAAUUAAUGGUGAUCGAGGUUUGAGAGAUGCUUCUACAGCAAUAAGCACCCGCAAGAAACAUUUAAGAAGCAAAAUUCAGCAUGUGUUGUCGAAGGCUUUCAUGGCUGGAUUCUCUGGGUUGCUGUGAGUUUUCCGGGCUGUAUGCCCAUGUUUUGAAGCAUUCUCUCCUGACGUUUCACCCAAAUCUAUGGCAGGCAUCCUCAGAA